AUGAAGCUCGUUCUGGUCGCGUUAUCAACCGUGAUAGUGAUUAGCGCGGGGUUAUCGCUCAAACCGAGCCCUCGGCGGGACGUCAUCAUUCCCAGGCGUGUCGAAUUUCCCGACCGCGAUGUCCACGAUGCACGGCAAGCUGGAACCCGCACGGUCCCUCGGAAAAACAUCGAACGCCACCGAGCUGUAAAACAAUCGACAGAAAACCCACCAGAAGAAGCUCCAGCACAGCUUCGCGUUAGUGACACCCGCCGGAAGAAGGUGAAACAAGUGGCCACGAGAGAAAACGAAAGUGUGACACGCGUGACGACCGACGGUGGCCGCAAGCUGAGCACGAAAAUCGUCCACGUGAAGGAACCGUACGUGGUGCACGUGGAAAAACCCUACCCGGUGUACAUCGAGAAGCCGAUCAUCGUCGAGAAGCACCUGCCGAUGCAUCUGUACAUCACGAAGAAGGAAACGAAACACCACAAGCACCGGUAG